UAAAAUGGGUGCCAACUGAUAGGAUAGAACGGUCCAACAGGUGUUUUCAAGUGAUGGUUCAGUGGAUUUUUUCUGUUUUCAUUUGAAGCGUUGUCGGAAUCCAGUUGAGAUUUUUUAAAUUCAAAUCAAGCAAGAAAUCUACAUAAAUAACUACACGUCGCGACAUAGAAGCAAGGUGAAGAUUUCGAUUUGGUCGUUGUUCUAGUUACCGACGUAUGUACUCAUGGCUAUCGGAAAUCUUGGGCACGUGUACGUACACGCGGCGAUCGAUAAGUGUUACGGGAUUUGUUGUGAACUCGAAAUAACUGUGAAACCAACGACAGAUACAAGAAUGACGGCAGUUUCACGAUACUGAGUAUACAUGGAUCGUAGAUGGAGUAUAAGUUAUGAAAUAAAUCAUUUAAAAAUACGAACGGAUACGAAAAAAGAAUUACUCGCACUUCGAUGACACUUGGUUGAUCCUAGCCUACAAAACUGUCAGAUACAACUUUCUUAUGGAUUCAUUGGAGGAGGCUUAACUGAAAACCCAAAUAAAGAAGAUGUCUUGGUUCUUUGGAAAAAAGAAGCACCAUAAGGAGUCUCCUCCAGAAUCCUCCGAUGAAACACUACCAAAUCAAGGAGAUGAUUUCAUCUUUAUAGAACGACGUGGAAAUCCUGGACCUGAGUUACCAAGUGAUAGAAGUUCACAACCAAGUGGUGGUUUAUAUCCAGUUAUUGAUAACAUACCGUACAAUCCAACUCCUAUUCCUACAAACUUUCCAAAGCAAACUGCUCACAAUGAAAAUCAAAAUUAUCUGCAGGGUGUCCCAUUCAAAUUAUGCAAACAUUUAGAUAAUACCAUUUCUGGAGAUUCCGACAUUGAUAUGUUUAGAGUUAAUGAAAUAUUAUCUUUCAUUGUAAGAUUAGAAAAUGAAGAUUUCACAUACGACUUUACCCUUGAAACCAGUGUUGCAAAUGAAAUGGAUAGUAGAACCGAAUAAAUAAUGAAAAAAAUUAUUACAUGUUUUUAUCUGUUAAUGUAAACUAAAAAAAUGUACGUUUUCAAGAUGCGUCAUUGAGAGCAAAUUAUUGUACAACCUGUGAGAUUAUGCUUUUUCAAUUGUACAUAGACACAAUACAAUCACUUCUUGCAGCUUACUAAACACUUCUUUUUUAUAUGAAUUC